UUCCGACAACUUUCAAAAUGGCGGCGGCUGCCAGCUUGCCUUUCUUUUACUGUAUAUUGCUUUAAACCAAAUUUCUGAUCAACAUUCAAUACAAGUAUUGUGUUGUAGGUGGUGUUUUGUGAAUUCAGUGUGUUAACUGCUGUUUUUUUGUUUUUGUUUUUUAAAUUUUCGUUAUUUCGAUUUCGUCAAUUUACUUGUUGCUAGCUUCUUGACCCUGGUGCGAACAUGUCUUGCUGUGUAGCAUACAUGUGUUCUAACAGACAAGUCCCUUCUACCGGGUUAAGCUUUUUCAGGUUCCCCAUGAAAGACAAAGACAGGUUGCAGCAGUGGAUACACAAUGUCAAGAGAAAGAGCUGGACACCAAACAAGCAUUCUCGCCUCUGCUGCCUUCACUUCACACAGGACUGUUUCAUCCAUGGGUAUGGACGAGUUACCCUUAAACCAGACGCGGUGCCAACCAUCUUCUACCCACAUUACCAUGUGAAGGUCAGGGUGAGGCGCAACAGAGUCAGUAAGAACACAACAGUUAGUAAGACUGACUCUGCCAGACGAGCACGUAAACUAAGGAACGUCAGUCAUGACCAUGAUUACAUUGGUUGCACUCCCAGUGAACAACAAACAGUUGAGAUGAAUAUAGCCAGAAGCAUCCGUAGCCGUUCUGCAGAUCAUGGUGCAUACACGCUGAAAAACACUCAAAAGAGGAAGGUGUCGUCUGUUGAAAGUAGCUUGCCUUCUCACGAGAAAAAAUUGAGGAAGCUUCAAGAGCAGAGAGUUAGAAGACUGAAACAGAAAGUGAAGUCUCUCUCCUCAGUUGUCACUGAUCUGAAAGAAAAGCUCGAUUCCACCAAAGAAAUCAAAAGAUGAAGGUAAAUCUUGCCGCUCAAGUUUUCAGUAGCAGCCUGGCAGAUGCCCUAGAAUUCUGCAACAAGGAGCUUCACUUGCCUCAGUUUCAUGGUUCUGAGGAAACCGUCAUUACUGCUUCCUCACACCCCUCCAUCCAGGGCAAGCCAUUCUGGAGUAAGGCCCACAACAUCGCCAAAGACUGAUCUCACCUCGGCCAGACGGUUCACCCCGUUCCCCUCCAGGAUGCGUUACAGGUCUCUAUGCACCCGGACCAGCAAGUUCAGAGGAGACCCACAGACAUCUGGUUGCCUGUGCCUGAUAAGCUGAGCCACGACCAGGGGGUCGCUUUGACAGGGGCAACAAGGAGGUAGCCAUCAACAUAAGUAAUAAAACCACAUGACAUUUCUGUCAAAGCAUGUCUACUUGAAGUGUCUACUGUGUGUUUCGAUAAUAAAUAUUGAAUCAUUUGGUUAAUAAAUAUUGCUUUAUUGAAACUUGUCAUGAUUGGUGUACAACCAGUGUCAGCCAAAAACGCAAAUUUAAAAAAAGUAAUAAGUCCCUAUCCCCUCUUUAGCUACAUCGGUCGUGGGGAAGA